AUGUCGGACCCUAUGGGAUACGAUGAUGAACGUCGCAGCGGCAGGCGAGGCGCGGCACAAGCGCCGUCGGCCCCAGCAGCCGACGCCUCGCUGGUCACCGGGCUGCUAAAGGACAUUGCGCUGGUGCUCAAGAUCGCGGGUGGCCUUGUGGGUCUCACCUCUGCGCUGUUUUUCUUCCGGCGCAUGCAAUGGCAGCAGGUGCGCGCCAUCCGAGUUGCGUUUCGCGAGCCUAAGGAGCUGCGGUCACAUCUCCGGCUUGCCGAGCGCGCGUUUGACGGCGACGGCCCGCGGCGGUCGUGGAUCGUCAAGCUCGAAGACUGGUGGAAGGCGCGGCCGAUGAAGAACGCAUCGGCGACCGCCACCGCUGCUGGAGUUGACGCCAGCGGCACCGGUGCUGAGAGUGGGCGAGUCGAUGAUGAGGAAGAGGAGCUGUCUGCGGCCGCGCGCGACACGCUCGAGCGCGACUGGCGCGGCCUGCACAUGCGGCGAGUCCGUGAAAAGGGCCUCCUGCGCUCGAUCCUGCGGCAGGAGCCUUCAGGGCCGGUUGUGGUGACCGGUGCGUCCGGCUCGGGCAAGUCGGCCAUGGUCCGCGAGGUUCUCAACGACCGGCCGUGGACCAUGUACAUCAAUCUGUACCAGGAUCCUGUCGGCGGCUCGACUGACUUUCUUACCCGGUUUGUCCGCGCUUGCGGCUACUAUUACCCCCCGAUCGAGCUUGUGGCGCUUGGCAUCCUCCGCCAGCAGAUUACCGAGCAUGACGCCGAAAAGGCGCUCGCGUACACCACCAUGGUCCUUCAGCAGCAGCGCUCGCUGCGCAACGCCAUGGGCAACGUGGUUGAUGGUCCGAUGGGCGUUCCGUUUCCGGUCUUUUGCCUCGACCAAAUGCACGAUGUGCCGGUGCCGCGACCGGGCGCGUCCGAGGCCGACCUCGCGCGCGCCGCUGCCUUUCGCAAGUUUGUCGACUGGUGCGUGUAUGUGACCGAUGCCAAGCUCGCGCAUGUGGUCUUUGUCACGCGGCCGGGCCUCAUCACAGCCAUGGACCGCCACCUCGCCCUCCGGUUCCGCCGCGAGCAAGUGUACAUGGCGCUCAUGUCAGACGGCAUGACCAAGGCGUACUUUCGGUUCCAGGUCAACGCCGAGCUCAAGCGGGUUGGCCUGCCGACACUCUCCGAGGCUACCAUUGCGCGCGUUGUUGCCACACUCGGCGGCAACCUCAAAGACAUCGAGCACUUUCUCUCGGCCGUUCUCCGUGGCCGCCCAUGGAAGUCUGUCCUCCGCUCGAUGGUCCGCGACUCAACGUUCUCGCUCGAAAUCGAGAUGGACGACAUGCUCCGCGAGGCGGCCGACGAGCGCGGGUCCAAGGACAUGCGCGAGGGCUUCAAGAAGUUCCUCCGCUUCUGGGCUCUGCUCAAGUACAUGGCCGAGUCGCGCCGGACCCACGUCCCGCGCCGUGAACUCAUCUCGGCCGUCUUUCUGCAAGCUUCCCAUGAGCUUGAGGACUACGUCGCUCGCGGCGUGUUGUCCCACACUGAUGUGGCGCAGCACUAUUACCAGAACGCGCUUCUCACCGAAGAAAAGGCCGCUCUCGAGGCCGAGGCUCUUGCCGAGGAGGCCGAGAGCGGCAACCCGCGCCGCUCGGACGAGCUCGACGCCGCGCUCGAACAGGCACUCCGCCGCGACGAUGCUCAGGCCCAGCAGCGGCUGUACGCCGUCCAGGGCGGGCUCGACGAGCACUGGCUCAUGCCGGCCUCGCCCCGCCUCAAAGUCGCCAUGCGCAAGCUAGUCAACGACCCACGCCUCAAGCGCCUUGAGCGCGAGAUCGCCAAAAAGGUGCUCUACCUCGAGUCUCGCAAGCGGACCGACGAGGUUAUCGAGGCCCGUCGUGUCAUUGCCGCAGAGCUGGAGUCGCUCGGUGUCAUCCUCCGGUCGCAGCUUGCCAACCGCGGCUACCAAGGUCUCGAGGACGAGGCUGUCGACACCGCUGCAAAGCUCCUUAAUCAGCUUUCAGCAUACGCCGACGAGUCGGCCGAGCUGGAGACCCGCCUCACUACCUUCCGCUGGAACAACACGGCCAAGCUGGCCAACUCACGCAUUGCCACCUCGUCUUCUGCGCCGGCCGCCACCGUUGCCGCCGCUGCUGCCGCUGCUGCCGAGGCCGAGGCCUCGUCCACGUCGUCAUCAUCCGGUGCGUCUUCGCUCUGACGUGCCCCCACCUCUGCCAGUGGCACAA